AUAUCCUUAAGUAUAGCAUUUCGUAUACGUUGGCGGCGCGCGCUAACGUCGCUCACUACCCUAGCUCUGGCUAGCCUCCAUAACCAUCCUUUCUGCCUCUGUAGUAAGCUGCUGAGCCUACUAUACCUAGAGCACUCUACUAGAAGCAAUAUAUUAACGUGGCUAACUCUGCUUUUAUCGUUAAUACUAAACUUCUAUACCGUAUCGCAACGCUCGUUAGGCUCUCUAGCUAGUAGCGCAGUCGCUCUUAGAGAUAGCGUACCUGCUGCUAAAGCUCUGCUACUGUAUGUAGCGUCUCUGUUUAUAAUACUGCCUACGCUGCGGCGUUAUUAUUUAUAG